AUGCUCAGAUGCGAGCCAAAAAGCUGCCGAUCACUGAGUUUUUUCUAUUAUGCCUUGAAUAGGCGAUCUCCUCUGCCUAAAAGAUGUUAUCAUUACGGAUCCGCCCAAUUUUUCCGAAACACAUCAUACUAUCAUUCCUUGGUGCGACCCUCGCCAUUCGUGUUUGUGAGUAACUACAUGAUUCAUCCGGUUGCGUCCAAACGUUUCGCGUCGUUUUUUCCAAAGUUCGUCGGACGUGUCGUUAGGCUUCCUGCUUACGUUGGGGGCGGGGCUGCUGCUCUAACAUCCUACAUGGCGUACAAAGUAGAGGAAGCAGGGAACUUUACAAGGGACAAGCUAACACAGCUGAAAGAUUUUUCAGACCAUUUAAGGGCCAGAUUAUUUGGCGUUUCAGGUGGCGACGGAGAAAAAGACCCCAACAAGAAAGGAGAUCGUGGAGGAGAGGACGCCGCAGUUGCUGCGGCACUCCUCGCUUCUACUGGUGCCGAACGAGACAAAGAGGAUCAGCAAGGAAGAGAAGAUGAAGAAGAAGAUGAGGAGGAGGAUCGCACCGAGGAUGAGAUGCUUAACUUGACAAAGCAGAUGAUAGAAAUCAGAUCUUUGCUUAAUAGAGUGGACUCAUCAUCCGCAAAUCUGACUCUACCUUCAAUCGUCGUCAUCGGCUCUCAAUCUUCAGGCAAAUCGUCUGUGUUGGAAGCGAUAGUGGGCAGAGAUUUUUUGCCAAAAGGCUCUAACAUGGUCACGAGGCGGCCAAUAGAACUCACUCUGGUAAAUACGCCUGGCAGCAAUGAGGCCACUGCAGAUUUCCCUUCAUUACGUCUUUAUAACCUGAAGGAUUUUCAAGAAGUUAAAAGAGUAUUGACUGACCAGAAUAUGGCCGUACCAUCAACCGAGGCGGUUUCGGCUGAACCUAUCCAAUUGACCAUCAAGUCCUCCCGUGUUCCGGAUCUUUCCAUGGUCGAUUUACCUGGUUAUAUCCAAGUUGAAGCCGCUGAUCAACCAAUGGAGCUUAAGAACAAAAUUAGAUUACUGUGUGAAAGAUAUCUUGCAGAACCUAACAUUAUUUUGGCCAUAUCAGCUGCAGAUGUGGACCUCGCUAAUAGCAGUGCUCUUCGAGCCAGCCGAGCUGCUGAUCCGAAAGGUCUUCGGACUAUUGGCGUCAUUACCAAGUUAGAUCUUGUCGAACCCGCCAAAGCUCGUUCAAUGCUGAACAGCAAGAAGUACCCUCUCAAGAUGGGCUAUGUUGGCGUUAUAACGAAAGCCCCAGGAAGACAAUCUCGAUUAUUCGAGAAGAACAGCAAUGGCCAUGGCUUUUUUUCAAAGUCAAGUGGCGAUAAAGAGGAAGAUGCAUCUCGCGGUUUUGAAAGAAAGUUCUUUGCAGACAACAGACAAUUCUUCACAAACUGCCAAGUGUCAACUAAAAAACUUAGGCAAAAGCUGAUCAAAAUAUUAGAAACAUCGAUGUCUAGUGCUUUAGAGCCCACCUCGCGCUUGAUUCAACAGGAACUUGACGAUACCUCUUACCUUUUUAAGGUUGAAUUUAAUGACAGGCAGCUAACACCAAAAUCUUACCUGCUCAACAAUGUCGACGUUCUCAAAUUAGCAAUCAAAGAGUUUCAAGAGCGAUUCAAUCGAUAUGAACUCAAAUCGAUACUCAAAGCUGAUAUUGACCAACGAGUGCUGGAUCUUUUAGCCUCAAGAUAUUGGAAAGACGAUCAUUUGCUCGAGCUCUCGUCCAGGAAAGCCGAAAAAGAUGACUCCACGGCCUUGUACUGGCAUAAAAAACUUGAACUUUGUUCUUCCAGUUUGACUAAAGUCGGGGUUGGAAGACUCUCAACCACUUUAGUGACAAAUGCAAUUCUGCGUGAGCUGGAGAAUAUUUUGGAUUCGACGCAAUUGAAAAAUCACGACCUGAUCAAAGAGCUUGUUAACAACACAGCAAUAAACGUACUAAAUUCUAAGUAUUAUGCUACUGCUGAUCAAGUUGAAAACUGUAUUAAACCGUUCAAGUACGAAAUCGACCUAGAGGAUCGGGAUUGGACGGUUGCUCACGAACAUUCGGUAAGGCUAAUAAAAGAAGAAUUACGCCAAUGCAAUGAUCGUAUCCAAACAAUCAAGCAUGCGACAGGAGGCCGGAAACUUCAGCAGGUGAUGACUUAUUUGCAGAAGGAUCCAAGCAGGGAGGAAACGCUCGGAUUUUCGGCGAUGCUGCUGGAGCGUGGACGUGAAGCGCUUUUCUUAGAGAAACGUUCUUACUUACUGAAUUUCAGGCUGAAAACGUUGAAGGGGAAAUGUCAAACUACUGCCGAUAAGGAUAUGUGCCCCGAGGUGUUUUUAAAUGCGGUGGGCGAUAAACUCACUUCCACCGCGGUUUUGUUUCUAAAUGUGGAGCUGUUAAGUGAUUUCUUCUACUCCUUCCCUAUCGAAUUGGACAAGAAGCUCAGCGCCCUCACGGACGACCAAGUGGAGCUAUUUGCCAAGGAAGACCCACGAAUCGCUCGUCACAUUGAGCUUCAAAAGCGGAAAGAGUUAUUAGAACUUGCGCUCGACAAAAUCGAUUCGAUUCUGGUAUUUCGAAAGAGUUACAAAGGCGUUCAUAACCCGUCUGGACAAAACUGA